GAUUCUACGGUCACCAGCGAGGUGGAAUCCAAAUGGAUACACCGGGACAAACUGGCACAGAUAGAAAGCGAGGAGCUGCAGGCAGCUGGCUUUAUCCCCAGGUCACGCGCCCCCAGCAAGCAGCGAAGAGACAAGAGUGCCCGGCGGGGCACCGACGCCGGUGAGCAUCUCCGAUUGAAGCAAGAUCAGGUACCCGAGUCUGGAGAGGCCUCGAAAUCUGCUUUGGACCUGAGAACCCCGGAAGAGGCGGCGGAUGAACAGGAGAACAACUCUGCGCAAAACGCAAAGGGGGGAUCUCGGAUACCUGUUCCCAAGGUGAGUCAAGCAACACAUGCACCACAGGUGCCAUGCCGGGCCAGCAUUGGCACACGCUCCAGGAGUGCCAGUGCCACUCUCAGAGAACUGACCACCAACAUCCCUCCCGAGAAGCCUAAGCCGGCGCAGCGCUCUGCUACAGAAACUUCCCCCAAGAAGAUUGGAGCCGCUGGCCGCAAGAACUCGGAGCCGGCAAACGCGAAGCCGAAGACGGCGGCUGGUAGACCCAAGACUCGCUCAGGUCCCAGCAAAGAUUCUACAACUACACGACCUACUACACGCUCCGGAGAGGCUUCUCUGAGCAGUAGCCGUCAGCCCGAGGGCAACCCACCAUGGAUGGUUAAUAGCUACAAUCCCGAUCCUCGUCUGCCACCCGAAAAGCAACUCAUUCCCACCGUCGCAAGGAGACUUCAGCAAGAGAAGUGGGAGCAAGAGGGCACAUUUGGUACUGCUUAUGAUAAGGACUUCCGACCCUUGAACGACAGCUCGCUGGUGCGAGAGAAUUCCAUGCCGUUGGGAGAGCGAGAGCCUAAGCAGGAACCUCCAGCUCAAGAGGAGAUGGAGAUACGAGCACAAACACCCGAAGCAGGGACGUCGGAUGAGUGGCCGCUCAAGGCGGAAGCUCCCAAGAGCCCUCCUCAGAUGCGGCUGGGCUCAUCCUAUUCCACGAUGCCCAAGAUCUCAGACAUGCAAACACCAAAGAGCCCUCUCCCUGGCCAACGACCCCCCAUGACUCCUCAAGGAACCCAAGGAACAGCUCAGUCUCAGAGCCAGCUCAGCGAGAAGCCCCAGACCCCCCAGAGGAUCCCCGAUGUUCCCGACGACCAAGACCAGAAAGGCGGCUGCGGCUGCUGCGUCGUCAUGUAA